UCUGAGUGUUUGAAAACUCAAAUUCUAAUUUUUUUUUUUUUAAGAAUAAUCAUCUAGUGAUUAUCAAGUGGUUGAAUUUUAGUUUGAAUAAAAAAUAUCCAAGUAGGUCAUAUAACCGUGGGAGUCGAAAUAAACUUUAUUCGAGGGAGCGUCGUAUGCCUUAUUCAAAGAAAAGACAGCAGUGAAAGAGAACUAGAAUGAGGAAAUAAAUAACACAGAAAUAAAGAGAGGAGAGAGAGAUGGGUUUGAUUGUGUUUACAACUCUCCUGUUUCUUGCACUUCUGCAAUUCACUCUGCUCCUGCAUAUAGCAGAAGCAGAAGGAAAUGAACUUUGUUUGGGCUCUACAAAUUACACGGCAGGAAGCAAGUAUGAGGAGAACCUGAAUAGCGUCCUUCAAUCCCUCCAAGCCAUGGUCCCCAUCGGGAGAGGCUUCAACCCAACCUCCUCUGGUGUGGGCGCUGACCAAGUAGUCUAUGGCCUCGCCCAGUGCAGGGGUGACACCAACGACGCUGAGUGCAGAGACUGCAUGAACACGUCCACAACUAAUGCCCUGCGGCUAUGUCCGAACUCGAAAGAGGCGACCUUUUGGUACGAUCAUUGCCUCCUUCGCUACUCUGAUUCCAAUUUCAUCGGAUCAAUAGACCGGUUCCGUUACUACCUUAAGAAUGUAAACAAUGUAUCUGAUCGAGAGUCCUUUAACAAGGAACUUGGUGGCCUGAUGAGAAACCUGACGUCAAGGGCCAUCUCUGACCCGCUACUAUUCGCAUCUGGGACAACUUUGUAUGAUCAUUUUGUUACGCUUUACGGGCUGUUGCAGUGCACAAGGGAUCUCGACGCCUCGAGGUGCCAGAGCUGCCUUGAAGGCGCGAUAGCGCUCAUCCCGAAUUUCGCCAGUGGUAAUGUGGGAGCUCAAGUUUUGAGUGGGAGUUGUAUGCUGCGGUAUGAAACAUAUUCAUUCUUCACACAUUCCCCUCCACCUCCACCUCCACCGCCACCGCCACCGCAGGCAACACCAAACUCUCCGCCGCCCCAAAAUCCCACCCCUCCAGAUGGGAAGAAAAAAUCACCCACUUUAAGAAUUAUCACCAUGGCGACAGUUAUCCCUAGUGCAGUUCUUCUACUGGCCAUAUGCCUGUUUUGUAUAUGUAGAAGAAAGACUAGACAGAAAGGAAGGAAUGAUCGAAACGAUAUAUCACUGUUACUUAAUGGAAAAGAGACUUCAAAUGAUGGGGACGGAAGAGAAAGAAUCGGACAUGGUGGAGUGGGAGGAGAUGAGAAUACUUUAUUCCUCUUUCAUUUAGAUACCAUUGUAGCUUGCACUAACAAUUUUUCUGAAGAAAACAAGCUGGGAGAAGGAGGAUAUGGUCCUGUAUACAAGGGAAAUUUGCAAGAUGGGAAAAUGGUUGCAGUAAAACGACUUUUAAGGAGUUCAGGACAGGGUGUAGAGGAGUUCAAGAAUGAAAUCAUGUUGAUUGCCAAGCUCCAACACAGGAAUCUUGUGAAGCUCCUUGGAUGUUGUUUAGAAAGACAAGAAAAACUUCUGGUUUAUGAAUACAUGCCCAACAAGAGCCUUGACAAAAUCCUAUUUGAUCCGGAAAAGCGCCUACAACUAGAUUGGAUGAAGCGCUUCAACAUCAUUAUGGGAAUUACCAAGGGGCUUCUUUAUCUCCAUGAAGACUCUCGACUAAGAAUUAUUCAUCGCGAUCUCAAAGCAGGCAAUAUUUUGCUGGAUAAUGACUUAAAUCCUAAAAUUUCAGACUUCGGAACAGCAAGACUCUUUGGACAGGAUGAAACGCAAGCCAAUACCACCAUUAUUGUUGGAACCUAUGGUUACAUGUCUCCUGAGUAUGUUCUGCACGGGCAUAUCUCAGUGAAGUCAGAUAUCUACAGUUUUGGAGUUUUGCUAUUGGAAAUUAUCAGCGGGAGAAAGAACAAUGAACGACUACCAUCAGAAGAGAGUCAAGGACUGGUAGAAUAUGCAUGGCAUUUGUGGUCUGAUGGGAGACCCAUAGAGUUGAUGGAUCAAUCUCUCGGUGAGACAUGUCCAAGAAACCAAGUUUUGAGAUGCAUUCAUAUUGGGCUUCUUUGUGUUCAAGCAGAUGCAACAAAUAGGCCCCAUAUUUCUUCAGUGGUUGCCAUGUUGGGAAAUGACUCUUUGAGUCUCAGUAUGCCCAUGCCCCCGCUUAUGGUUUAUGGGGAUAGAAACAUUACAAGGUCGGAUAUAUCUAUAAAUUAUACAGAAGGAAACUCCGUAAAUGAGGUCUCAAUAAGUGCUAUCCAUGGUCGAAGAGAGAUGCGUUUGAUUGUGUUUACUACUCUCUUGCCUCUUUCACUUCUGCAAUUCACUCUGCUCCUGCAUAUAGCAGAAGCAGAAGUAUAUGAACUUUGUUUGGGCUCUACAAAUUACACGGCAGGAAGCAGGUAUGAGGAGAACCUGAAUAGCCUUCUUCAAUCCCUCAAAGCGGAUGUCCCCAUCUCGAGAGGCUUCAACGCAACCGCCUCCGGCACCAGCUCUCCCCGAGUCUAUGGCCUCGCCCAGUGCAGGGGUGACACCACCACCGCCAAGUGCAGAGACUGCAUGUACACGUCCACAACUGAUGCCCAGCAGCUAUGUCCGAACAGGAAAGAGGCAAUAUUUUGGUACGACGACUGCCUCCUUCGCUACUCUGAUUCCGAUUUCAUCGGAUCAAUAACCCAGAAUCGAUUAUACCUUUGGAAUAUAUACAAUGCGACGGAUCCAGAGUCCUUUAACAAGGAACUUGCUGGUUUAAUGAGGAACCUGUCGUCGAGGGCUAUCUCUGACGCACUACUAUACGCAUCCGGGAACACUGUGUACGAUAAUUUCGUAACGAUUCACGGUCUGUUGCAGUGCACGAGGGAUCUCGAUGCCACAGAGUGUAGGAGGUGCCUUGAAGGCGCCAUUGGCGAUAUCCCGAGUUGCUGCGAUGGUCGAGUUGGAGGUCGAGUUUUGGGCGGGAGUUGUUUUUUGCGUUACGAAACAUAUUCAUUCUUCACGCCCUCCCCUCCACCGCCACAGGCCACGCCAAACUUGCCGCUGCCUCCACCACCGUCUGAAGAUCCCAGGCCCGCUGAUGAAAAGAAAAAAUCAUCCACAUCAAGCAUUAUCAUUAUCGCGACAGUUAUUCCAAGUGCAGUUCUUUUACUAGCCAUAUGCCUGUUUUGUAUAUAUAGAAGAAAGACGAGACAAAAAGGAAGGAAUGAUCAAAGCCAUGUAUCACUUAAUCAGAACGAGAGAUCAAAUACUGGGGACAGAAGAGAACAAAUCGGACAUGGUGGUGUCGGAGGAGAUGAAAAUACGUCAUUGCUUUUUCAUUUAGAUACCAUUGUAGCAUGCACUGACAAUUUUUCUGAUGCAAAUAAGUUGGGAGAAGGGGGGUAUGGUCCUGUAUACAAGGGGAAGUUGCAAGAUGGGAAAAUGGUUGCAGUGAAACGCCUUUCAAAGAAUUCAGGACAGGGCUUAGAGGAGUUCAAGAAUGAAGUCAUCUUGAUUGCCAAACUCCAACAUAGGAAUCUUGUGAGGCUCCUUGGAUUUUGUUUCGAAAGACAGGAAAAACUUUUGGUUUAUGAAUACAUGCCCAAAAAGAGCCUUGACACCAUCUUAUUUGAUCCAGAAAAGAGCCCACAACUAGAUUGGAUGAAGCGCUUCAACAUCAUUGUGGGUAUUGCCAAGGGACUUCUUUAUCUCCAUGAAGACUCUCGACUAAGAAUUAUUCACCGCGAUCUCAAGGCUGCCAAUAUUUUGUUGGAUAGCGAUUUAAAUCCUAAAAUUUCAGACUUUGGAACAGCAAGACUUUUUGGAGGGGAUGAAACUCAAGCCAACACCAUCAAUAUUGUUGGAACAUAUGGUUACAUGCCGGUCGAGUACAUUUUGCAGGGGAUUAUCUCAGUCAAAACAGAUAUCUAUAGUUUUGGAGUUUUGCUAUUGGAAAUUGUUUGCGGGAGAAAGAACAAUGAGCCAUUGGAAGGGAGUCAAGGACUAGUAGAAUACGCAUGGCGGUUGUGGCAUGACGGGAGACCCAUAGAGUUGAUGGAUCCAUCUCUUGGUGAGACAUGCCCAAGAAAUCAAGUUUUGAGAUGCAUUCACAUUGGGCUUCUUUGUGUUCAAGCAGAUGCAACAGAAAGACCCCCUAUUUCUUCAGUGGUUGUCAUGUUCGGAAGUGAUUCUUCGAGUCUCAGCUUGCCCAUGCCCCCACCUAUGGUGUUUGAUGAUGGAACCAGUACAAGCUCAGAUGUAUCUGCAAAUUACAGAGAAGGCAACUCUGUAAAUGAGGUCUCAAUUACUGACUUCGACGGUCGCUAAUCGUAAGCAUUCGACAUUAACUUUUCAAUAAUGUAAUAGAAUAUGUCUCCUUGCUUUUUGUUUAAAAUUUGAAUUUAUGGUGAUACUCUUUUUGUGAGUUUUCAAGGUAAGUUUUGUAAUAUAUUUGUUAAACUUAUUAGAGAGGAGAUGAAACAAAUGUGAACACCACUCUCUAUUUGGUACUACUAAUUUGUUCCAGCAGGAAACUUUUGUA